UAGAGGAGAAACUAUUGGAGCAAUUACGCAGCCCUUUCCAAUGUCUUACCUGAUUUUUCGAGCUCCAUCUGAAUCGGCAGGGAAGUAUUGGAUGGAUGCUUUAGAGAUAGCACUUCGUUGCUCAUCUCUUUUAAUGAAAACCAUGAUCAACAAAGAAGACAGGUUGAGUUUCUCAUUAAACAGUCCUAUAGAUGUGGAGAGUUUCAGACGGACAUCUUUGCAGUGGAAUGAAAGUGACUUGGAGCAACACUUUAAGGACCAAGGAGAGGAACUAGGCUCCUCCAGAUCUCCUAACUUCAGCCCAUCCUCUGCUAACACUGCCUUUAGCCCAUAUUUAUCUCCCUUUAAUUACUGCUUUAAAAGUGUUAAGGCUUCCUCUUGCCCAUCACCAACUUCAUUCUAUCCUUGUGUUUGUAUGUGUCAUCAGUACCAUCAGCAACUUGUCCUCAGAAAAGCUAGUGAUGGAAGCAUGAAAUUGAUAUCACUUGCACUGAAUCAACACGUAGAAAAUGAAAAUGUUAUUUAUGGAAAUAAUGGUAAUGAGCAUGUAGUCAAUGAACAGUCAGAGAUAAGUAUUUCCAUCCCGAAAUACAGUUCAGGUCCCACUUCAUCAAAAAUAAAAGAAUUACCUUCACCAGGCAUGCUUUACACUACACAUACACAGAUUUCACACUCAGCUAGUGAGCAGACCAGCAGCUUUACCCAUAAACCAGACUCCUACAUAACCCCUCCCUCUGUUUCCACCGUCCCAGAUCUUGAAGAUGACAUCCAUACGGAUGAGAAUCGGGAAGGUAAUGGCACACACAGUGUUCAUUCCUCAGAGUCUGACUCAGAUGUUGAAGAAAACCUUGAUGUGGAGCCAGUGGAAACUGUCUAUGUAGAGAAUGGAAGUGAAGAAUUUGGAGCUGCUGGGGAUGUUGGUCAGACUGAAGAGGUAGAAGAAGAAAAUAAAAGCCUUAUUUGGACUCUAGUCAAGCAGGUCAGACCAGGAAUGGAUCUUUCUCGAGUAGUCCUACCCACCUUUAUUCUAGAACCAAGGUCAUUUCUGGACAAAUUAUCUGACUACUAUUAUCAUUCAGACAUUCUAGCUAAAGCUGUACAAGAAGAUGAUCCAUUCACAAGAAUGAAGACAGUUGUACAGUGGUACUUAUCAGGUUUCUAUAAGAAACCUAAGGGAUUGAAAAAACCAUAUAAUCCCAUUCUUGGAGAAACAUUCCGAUGUUACUGGAUAAACCUUGAAAAAGAUAGCAGAACCUUCUACAUCGCUGAACAGGUGUCUCAUCAUCCACCUGUUUCUGCAUUUUAUGUCACAAACAGAAAAGAUGGUUUCUGUAUCAGCGGUAGCAUUUUGGCGAAAUCUAAGUUUUAUGGGAACUCCUUGUCAGCCAUUCUGGAUGGUACAGCCCGUUUAACUCUUCUGACCCGUGGAGAAGACUACUUGAUAACGAUGCCAUAUGCUCACUGCAAAGGCAUUUUGGUGGGAACUCUAACUAUGGAGUUGGGUGGCAAGGUCACAAUCUUUUGUGAAAAAACUGGUUAUCGAACAGAACUAGAAUUCAAACUAAAACCAUUCCUAGGUGGGCCAGAGCUCUGCAACCUGGUUACAGGCAAAAUAAAGCUGGGUAAAGAGACACUGGCUACGAUUGAGGGUCACUGGGAUGCCGAAAUUUACUUCAGGGACAAAAGAAUAGAGGUUUGUUUCUUUCCAAUAGAUGCAAUAACCUUUUCCAGAAGAUUAACAAGCUUCACAGUACUAUUAAGUUUAAAAUUUUUUAAUGAAUUUAGAUUAUGGCAGCGAGUAUCAGAAGCUAUUUCCCAGUGUGACCAAGUGGCAGCAACAGAAGAGAAGACAUUACUUGAAGAGGCUCAGCGGCAGGCUGCAAAAGAAAGACAAAUCAAAAUGGAAAAAUGGUCUCCAAAGAAUUUCUUCCAGGACAUAAUCACAGGAGAAUGGGUUUAUAAAUAUGCCGAUUUAAGACCUUGGGAUCCACGCAAUGAUUUGGUCCAGUAUGAACAGAAUUAUGUUAUUCAAACUAAGACUCGUCACAAAACACCAGUUGUCAGGACUGGAAGUACUGCUGGCAUUGACAGUCCAUCUAAAGGAGAGAGUGUGCGCAUGGAACACCUGCUGUCUACCUGUAAUCCUCCAUGCUUCUUACAGAAAGGAAACCACCAUAGAAGAAGCUUGGCUUCACAUGGAAGUGAAAGUUCCUCACCUGAUGGGGAAGUUGUUCAUGGUAGUGAUUCAACCGAGAGCGAUGUGAUGCCUUUGAACAACACUCAAAGGACAUCUAAGUCAACCAUCACUCUAGCUGUGCUACAAGAGUCACUUCAACCAGUUCAACGCUUACAAGAAGAAUCUAAUCAAACCUUACAAGCUAUCCAGAAUCACCUGGAAGCAGUUAUGGCUCAGCAGCGACGAGUUCAACAGCAGCUAGCUCAGCGGAAUGAUUUAACUAUUGUUGCCUCAGUUCUAUUAAUUCAGAUUGUACUUCACUGUCUUCUUCAUUGGUGGUCUUGAUGGUUAGUAACUAUUCAAGAAAGUGGUGAUAAGCUUGGUCACAAGAACCUUCCAGUCCUUAGCCUCUUCCUGCUGAUGCCAAAGUGCUUUAGUUCAAGGUUGUAGAGUUGGGUAGGAUGUUUAAAAAUAAAAAUUGAACAGUUAUGCAGAAUUAUUUAGUUCGUGUUUUAAAAAAAUAUAAGAUUUAGUUAGAAUGUUUAAGUGUGAACACAUAAUUAACAUAAAUAAUCAGACAGUUGUUCUGUGUUUAAUAACUACUUAUAUGCUUGACAGAAAUAUUUACUGAGACAAUAAGGAUGGAGGAAAGAAAUUGAUUGCUACAGUGUAGUGAUUAAGCCUCACUUUGUAAGUCUCAAGGUUACCAACAUAAUGUUUUGUUACUGUUAGAAAAUAAUAACAUUAAGGUAAGUAGGUAUUCAGCAAAGACUUGACUGAAGUAGUAUAAGAUGUUCUUACGGUACAGUAUAAUAUAUUGUUUUAUUUUAAGAGCAAGAGUUGAUGUCAAUAAACAAAACUGAAAUGCAGUUUGAAGAGUGUGUACAUGAGAUAUCAUUGAUUCACUGUGAGCUAUCUAGGAAGUUAAAAAUGUUCGUAAAGUUUGUAAUGUUUUUACUUUAAGUAUCUGACAAAUUGUUUUGUUUAAAAUACAUCAACUACCACAUUUUUCUCAUCAAAAAUACUCAGGUAUGCUACAAGUACACUAACAAUAUAGAAGUUUUGAAAUUAUAGCUUACUUGUUAUCAUUAAAGAAAAAAAAAACUUUCAACCCAAGAAAAAGCAAAACAAAAUUCUGUUCAUAAAGUAAAUCUUUCAUUCUGCAAAAGGAAAUUAUAAGCAAAGCAAUGCUGUUCUUUAAU